AUGGAAGCCUUGGUGAAUAAGGCCAAUGUGUUAAUUGCAUAGGAAAAUUUAAUUGAAGCCAACAAACUACUAUAGAAGGCAAGUCAAAUUAAAGACUCUCCUUAUAUUCAUAAUGCUUAUGGAAUCAUUGCCUAAAAGUAGAAGCAAACAGACAAAGCUAUUUCAUCUUAUUAGAUGGCUCUUCAAUUGUUGCCAACCUUCCCACAAUGUCUGUCGAAUCAAGCUACACUCCUUAUUGAAACUGAGAAAUAUUCAUAAGCACUCGAUUUACUUAAGUAAGCUCUGAAGACUGAUUAAAAUAAUGCUGAAGCUCACAAUAAUCUUGGUGUGUUGUAUUACAAGUAGAACAAAUUGGAGUUGUCCUAGAAUGAAUAUAUGGAAGCCAUUAAAUUGAAAGUUCAUAAUCCUGAAGCCCAUUCCAACCAGGGAGUGAUUUUCUGUGCCAAACAGGAUUACUCUUAAGCUUUACAAUGUUUUGAUGAAGCCAUCAAAUUGAAGAACGACUUUGUGAAAGCUUAUCAUAACAAGGGAACGACUUUGUAUGAGAAGGAGAACUUUAAAGAGGCUGUUGAGAUCUAUGAUAAGGCAAUCAAGGGGAAGACUUAAGAUCCAGAGACCUACUACAAUAAAAGUAUAGCUUUGUAAGGCUUGGAACAAUUUGAUGAUGCAUUGAAUGCCUUGGAAUAAGCAUAUAAAUUAUCACCUGAAAUGGCACUAUUGUAUGUUGAGAAGGGCACUCUCAUGUAUAGGAAAGGCAAGGUUGAUGAGGCAAUUAAGAACUAUGAUCUAGCCAUUCAACUUCAACCUAAUUGUGCCGAGGCUUACUACAAUAAAGGAUGUGCCUUGGAAAAUCAAGGGAAGAUUGAUGAGUCAAACAAGAACUAUGAAAAGGCUUUUCAAAUCAAACCAACUUUAGUAGAGAAAAAGAAAUGA